GUACAUAUACAUGUACAUGAUGUUGGGAACUACGUCUGAUGUAGCUUUUACGUGUAGGUAUAGUACAUGUGUCAUCGCGGUGGCUAGCUGUGGUCUAAACUUAACACAAAAAUGUCGACUGCUAUGAAUUUUGGACAGAAGAGCUUCAAACCUCGACCACCAGACAAGGGUAGCUUUCCACUAGAUCACGAAGGAGAAUGUAAGAUUUUCAAGGAGAAGUUUAUGGAGUGUCUGAGGAAACAUCACAGUGACAACAACAAGUGUCGGCAACAGAGCAUGGAAUACCUCCGGUGUAGAAUGGAUAGAGACCUGAUGACAAAGGAACCCUUGAGAAAACUUGGUUAUGGAGAUAUCGAUUCCACAAAGGAGAGGAACAGCUAACGAAUGAUUCAGAACUUUUAAAACAAUCGCUGGACAAUUGAGACGAGGUUGCACAGCUGAAGUCCGCACGUACGGCUAAAGCAUACACAUGUAGCUGCAGAGGGCACGUCUUGCUGGCGGUCUUAUGGCAAACUCACUUUGGCCCUGGGAAAAACUAUGGGAACUUUUAUACUUUUUACCCUGUGAUACCAUACGGUAGCAAUGCUGGCCCAAUGGCCAUGUGGAAAAGCUCUUGGCAAGGAGCGUGAGAUUCUUGUCUUGUUCAGAGUGAUUGAUUCAUAGUAACUUUCAUUCUGAAUUGUGACAAGAGGCAUUAUACCAGCCAUUGCAUGAAAAAACCUCUCUGGUGUCAGCAGGUUAGAACAAAAAUGGCUUCUAUAUAUGGUAUAACCAACAGAAGCAAUUCCCGUUUUCUUCCAGCCAGUUGCAAACUGUCCAGUUAAUUUUAUCUGUUUCUGUUUUAAUAUUCUACCUGUCAAUGUAAGAGUUGAUCCCAGAAAAUUCCAGUUUUCCAUUUUUAAACCUGAAGCCUCCUGUGAGCUGCGUCAGUGCUCUAUCUUAGCUAUCUAAAGUUGGAAGUCUCUCAUUCUAUGAAGGACAGGUUCAGAUCCCACUCCAACCAAUAUCCCUGUGCAACACUUCAUCCAAAUUGAUGUCCAAUACAAGGGAAAAAAUUGUCAUUUUCGCAUGUGGUGCUUUGUGCGCUUUAUUUAUCAAGUAAACUGUUGCCACUGUGGCAUUCACGUGAUCUUCAACUCUGGUCAUGUCAUAAUGAGCAGCAUACAUGUACAUAUGGAAGCUGGUAGAGUGUCCUACUGAAGGACAUGUGAUCAGAAGGAAACAGUUAUUUGGGUCUAUCAGUUUGACCUCUGAAGUGAUGUGAAAGUUAUCUGGCAGUGUAACCAAUGUCUGUCAUGGUUUUGUUUUCAUCACAGGUCACAAGAUAUAUAGUGAGUUGAAAGUUCACUUAUGAAAAUACACCCUUGGUUUGGGUCCAAACUUGAAAACUACAUGUACAUAUCAUGUGUAUUGGCUAUUCAUUUUGCAAAAGAACACUGGAUCACACACAGUGCGUGCUGUCAUCUAUUGGAAGCAUUUAUGCCAUCGAAUCACAGUGUACAGUUUCAUUUGUAGAUAUUUCAGGAAUGAAUAAACACCGAUACAAAAUAUUAACAGCAGAAUGUAAUACCUAGCUGCCUUGGUAACUUUGAAAAAAAUUUAAAAAGCAGGUAUUUCACAAUAUUGGUAAUAAGUGUAUAAAUUUUUACUGUUCAUCAUACAUGUUUUUCUUUACUUUUCACGAAGAGUAUUUUUUCCAGUUUAACCGUUGCCAAUUGGAAAUUAAAAUUAGCGCUAAUGCAAAGCAGCAGUUGGUGUUAAAACAAA